AUGAAUAUCUGGAAUAAACUCCUUAACUUAUAAGGCAAAUUUCUUCAGAAAAGAAUCAAGGAUAACAUCAGCAAUUACUUAUCAAAUAGGAUAUGCAAUGACUAUUAAUUAUCAUUUAUAUACUAAAGAGGAAAGAAAUUAGAAAGUUGCAACGUGUUGUAAAAUGAUAGUCAAAUAGAAUUCUAUUGUAAUGCUCGAAAUUAUUUUUCUUGUGAUAUUGAGGUUUCAGAAAUAAUUUGGGAAUAACAGCUAACUACAAUGCUCAUUUUUGAAAGUUAAUAAUAAAGAUAUGAGAAAAAUUCGAUUAAGGAUUUAUAAUAGAGAGAUUAAUAUAAAGAUGCAAUGUUAGCUAGUGUAUCACACGAUUUUAAAACUCCAAUUAAUGGAAUAGUUGCUAUUGUAUAAUUUUUAGAAUAGUAAUUAUAUAUAUUUAAUUUAAGAAUUGUUAUAAAUUAAAAUGAACUGCAUUAUUUAAUAAUAUUAAAAAGGUGGGCUUAAUUAUUAUUAUUUAUGAUUAGUGAUAUUUUAGACUUCUCUAGAAUAUAAAAUAAUACUCUAAGAUUAACGAAUACUCCUUUUCUUAUCAAUUUUAUUGUCUAAGAAAUCAUAGAUUUGAUAUCCUUAUAAGCCAGUCAAAAAGGAAUUUUGGUUGAAAAAAAAAUAACUUUCGAAGAAGACAUAAGUAUGAAUUCAGAUCCAAAUAGAAUUAAAUAAAUUUUAUUAAAUUUAUUAAGCAAUUCGUUAAAAUUUACUGAGAAAGGUA